UGGAAGCUACUGGUUCAGCCUUUAAAUACAGUCAUUUGACACAUCCCAACAGGGGCUCGUAGCUGAGAGCAGCUGCUGACCCAAACUCAAAGCUUGAAGGCGAGCUGGUGUAUCAGCGUCACACUGCUUUGGACAGCAUGAAGGCUCUCUUAUUCACCUGUGUGCUGGUGCCGUGGCUGGUGGCAGCCGCGGCCAGGAGAUUUGACCAGGACUCACAGCUGAUACUGGGAUCUCUACCUGGCACGGAGCUGGACGGAUACUUCAGUGACAAUUUAAAAUCAAGGAGGGCUAGGAGGGCCCUGCCUCCUGCCGAUGAACCUGAUGACACCACAGUCCCAGACGAAGCAAAUGCUUUAGACCUUCCCACCUGCCUGCUGUGCGUCUGCCUGACUGGCUCAGUAUACUGUGAGGAGGUCAGUCCAGACAUGACCACAGUUCCCACGCUGCCUAAGGAAACAGCCUACCUGUACGCCCGCUUCAACAAGAUCAAAAAGAUCAGCACAAAAGACUUCGCUGACAUUGUGACUCUGAAGAGGAUUGACUUGACGGGGAACCUGAUCUCGGAGAUUGAAGAUGGGGCCUUCUCUAAGCUAACCCUGCUGGAGGAAUUGUCUCUGGCCGAGAACAGACUGGUCAAACUUCCUAUGCUCCCCCCCAAACUCACAUCCUUCAACGCCAACAACAACCUUCUCAAAACCAGGGGUGUCAAAGCUAAUGCUUUCAAGAAACUGACCAAGCUGGUCAACCUGUUCCUGGCCAACAACCAGCUGGAGGCAGUUCCACACAUCCCAGAGAGCGUUCGGAUCUUACAUCUACAGAACAACACAUCACAACAUCACUGAAGUCAACAAGAUACCUUCUGCAGAUCUAACGACACCUACUACCUACGAAUGAGCCUCAGUGAGGUCCGUAUGGACAGUAACCCCGUGAUCUUGUCCAAGCACCCCGACAGUUUCACCUGUAUGAAGGUACUGCCUGUCGGACGGUACCGUUGAAGAGGCAGAAAACUUUACUGUAGCCCCUUUGUUGCUGACGGAGCAGUUUCCCACAACACAGCGCUGGGGGGGGAAUACCGUGUCAUUCUGGAUUUUUGGGGCACUGGUCUUAUGGUUAAUGUUUCUACUUCAACAAACCUACAAACAGCUUGUGACACUGUCAGGUCGAAAUGAAACCAUUCAUUGAACUGAAGGUGUAGAAUUGAAGGAGCUUUUCUACUCCUCAUCAGUGCUACUGGUCUGGUGGAGUAUUCAGGCAAAAAUAUGGAAGCUGCACAUGAGAGUUGUUAA